AAUAAACUCCAAAGAAGAAGAAGAAGGAGGAAGUCCUCCGAGCAGCUAGGGGGCAGUGUAGCUCAGAAUGCUAAUAAGCUAGCACAGUAAAGAGAGACUGCAAUGCCUAUACAUACCUUCAAGUGAUAUAAAAUAUGCCACAGAAGAUAUUGUAAAAGAGAUCAUACACCAUUUGCUGUCAUUUCGUGGUCUGUAUGUUCGUAGAUACUGUUUAUGGUGAGUAAUGGCGGUUGAAAAAUUUGUGUCAAAGACACUCGAGCUCCUACAGGAGGAGAGGGAGGCUGAAAUAGAGGAGACCAGGAUAUGGCAGGAGAACAGCUCUCUCAAGGAUCUUCAAAUUAAAGGUGUUUGCCUGCUGAAACUGCAGAUAGGAAGUCAAUCCACAGGCCUCUAUGGUCGCACAGUUGUCAUUCUCGAGCCAAGAAAGCAUCUUGGUUUCUCAUCUCUGCCAAGCAACAGCUUUGGACCUGGGGACAUAGUUGGCUUGUAUGACACUGGCGAAUGCACCGCAGCCUCACAGAUUGGCACAGGACUAGUGACAAGGGUCAGCCAGGCUGCUAUCAGUGUGGCUUUUGAUGAUUCAAAGGAUGGCACAAGCUUUGAUGAUGAUGCUCUCUACAACCUCUUGAAGUUGGCAAAUGAUGUCACUUACAAACGAAUGAAAAAGGCCCUGAAUGUACUAAAUGGAUACUCCAAUGGUCCAGCUGGCAAUCUUAUAAAUGUUCUUUUUGGAGACACAACACCUUCUUCUCAAUCACAGCCAAAUGAAGUAGAAUUUUUCAACUCCAACCUGGAUGAUUCCCAGAAGGAUGCUGUGUCCUUUGCUCUGUCUCAGAGAGAGUUGGCUGUGAUUCAUGGACCACCAGGCACCGGCAAAACCACCACAGUGGUCGAAACCAUCCUACAGGCAGUCAAACAAGGCCAGAAGGUCCUGUGCUGUGCCCCCUCUAACGUGGCCGUGGAUAAUUUAGUGGAGAGGUUAGCUCGGUGCAAAGCCAAGGUCCUGAGGCUGGGUCACCCUGCCAGGCUGCUGGAGUCCAUACAGAAACAUUCACUUGACGCCAUCCUUGCUCAGAGUGACAAUGCAAACAUCAUUGCUGACAUUCGUAAAGACAUGGAUAAAGCUUUUAUGGGAAUGAAGAAGAUGAGGGACAAAGGAGAUAGGGGGAACUUCAAAAGGGAAAUAGGAGAGCUGAGAAAAGAACUGAAGACCAGGGAAGCAGCAGCCAUCACGCAAAUCUUAAAAAGUGCUGAUGUUGUUUUGUCAACCAACACAGGAGCAAGUGAUGACGGCCCUCUGAAGUUCCUGCCGACGGAGCAUUUUGAUUGGGUGGUGAUAGACGAGUGCGCUCAGGCCCUGGAGAGCAGCUGCUGGAUUGCUCUGCUCAAAGCGCGCAAGUGUAUUCUGGCAGGAGAUUACAAGCAGCUACCACCAACAAUCAAAUCACAAACGGCUGCUUCUAAAGGCUUGUCCCUCAGCCUCAUGGAGAGACUCAUCCAGAUGUUUGGGGACUCUGUUGUCCAUAUGCUCACAGUUCAGUAUCGCAUGAACAGCGCCAUCAUGGAGUGGGCUUCUAAAGAGAUGUACAAAGGAAGACUGACAGCUCACAGCUCUGUGGAGGCACAUUUGUUAAAGGAUCUACCUGGAGUCGCCAGUGUUGAAGAGACCAGUACGCCUCUGCUUCUUAUUGACACUGCAGGCUGUGGUCUGAGUGAGAUGGAGGUCACAGAUGAGCAAUCCAAAGGCAAUCAAGGUGAGGUGGACAUUGUUGAUCUGCACAUAAAGGCUUUGAUUGACGCUGGACUAAAAGCUAAGGACAUAGCUGUUAUUGCUCCAUACAAUCUACAAGUGGAUCUUCUGCGUCAGAGACUCUCUGCGAGGCAUCCCGAGCUGGAGAUAAAGUCAGUGGAUGGAUUUCAGGGCAGAGAGAAAGAGGCUGUGGUGUUGUCACUCGUUCGAUCCAACAGAAAAGGGGAAGUUGGAUUUCUGGCAGAGGACAGGAGGAUUAAUGUGGCUGUCACCCGUGCCAGACGUCACAUCACUGUGGUUUGUGACACACAAACUGUCCAGAAUCAUCCCUUCCUGAAGUCCCUCGUUAGUCACAUGACUGAGUUUGGGGAGGUCAGAACUGCAUUCGAGUACAUCCAGGACAUCGCGCCACAGAACCACACCCGCGACCACAAAGACUCAAAGCCAAAUACCACUUCCAGCAGCUCAGUUUCUACCAAACAGAAAGUUAAACAGCAACCUGCCAAUAAAGCAAAGCAAGGACUGAAAACAUCAAGUGAUAAUGAAAGUAGUGUUACAAAGAAGCGCACAACCCCCGGCAGAACAGCAGAGGAAGAGGAAGAACAGAAGCUGAACAGAAAAGCUGAGAUCAGAGCACAGGUGGAAAACUUUCUCAAGGACUCAAAUCAAAGUGAACUCCAGUUUCCAUCCUCGUUUAACUCUCACGACCGCCUGCUGGUCCAUCAGAUCGCUGAAGAGCUGGGCCUUGUGCACGAGAGUAAAGGCGAGGGUAGAGACAGGUGUAUCAGUGUUUCAAGGCCCCUAGAGCCAACACAAGCAGAGGAGCUAACACAAGAAGCAGAAGAAGCUCAGGAAGAAGAAAAACUCCCAAAUCCCCCACAAGAACCGGCGUGUCAGCCUCAGUUAGACCUGAAAGGGUUACAUUUGGAGCGAAUGAAGAGGGAGCAGCAGAAAAGGGAAGAAAAUGCUCAACUGAAAAAGCAACAGAGCAACAUCCUACCAGCUCCGGGCCAGUCAUCAAAGAAGUCAAAGUCUGCAAAAGGAAAGAACCGAACGAAGGCAGGCGCCUGUGACAUUGCUGCUGCAGCUGCUCCAGAUGAUGACUUUGACAAGCUCAUCAAUGCUGUUAAGAAAGCAGAGAGUGUGUGCAGCUUUGUGAAGUGUAAAGCUUCUGUGCUUACACUUGGACAGCUUUGUCUGUUCUGCAGCAGACAGUUUUGUCUCAGUCAUCAUAUCCCAGAGGUUCACGGCUGUGGAGAUAAAGCCAAGUCUCAUGCUCGGAUGAGAAUAAGCAAAGAAGGCGUUCUGUAUGCUGGGAGUGGGAAGAAAGACAAAUCAAUGGACCCCAAUAAAAAGGCCUAUCUGCAAAGGAAACUGGACUCUAAACUGAAGGAUAUGGUGUCACAGAGGAGACCCAAAAACAAAGAUGACAGUUAAUAACACCUAAAAAAACAAAAACCUCAAAGAAUGUACAGAAUUGCAGAAUGUGUUUUGAAAGAUUAAACAAUUUUAAGUCAGAA